GAGAGAGAGAGAAAGAGAGAAAGAGAGAGAGAGAGAGAGCUUCUAUUCUUCCAUUCACUACUUCCCAACUAUAAUUCUAGCCACCUCUAUUAUUUCUUCAAAAAAACUGUUUUAAGAGAAAAUGGGAGUGGAAAGAACGAUGGAAUACAUAUCAGAAUUGUUGAAGAUGAGGAGGAAAAAAAAGAAGAAACCAAUGCAAACAGUAGCUCUCCGAGUUGCUUGUAUCGACUGCGAAGGCUGUGAACGUAAAAUCAAACAAAUCCUAUUUGGCGUCAAAGGGGUGAAAUCGGUGGUCGUGGAUGCGAAACAGCAAAAGGUGACGGUGAUGGGAUACAUUGAGCCGAAGAAGGUUUUGGAGGCGGCCAAGUCGACAAGGAAGAAAGUGGAGCUAUGGCCAUAUGUUCCGUACACAAUGGUGGCGAAUCCAUACAUAUCUCAAGCAUAUGACAAGAAGGCACCACCGAACAUGGUUCGGAAAGUCCUGGACACAGCCUCCGUUAAUGAGACCACCAUCGAUGACUCUUACAGCAUAAUAUUUAGCGACGAAAAUCCUAACUCUUGCUCUAUCAUGUAGAUGAGAGAAAUAUAGGGAAACCCUGGAAAAAUCCCGGGAGAAUCGAACCCUAGCUGUCGGCGCCCACCUCCAACGACCACCACCGGGAACGAAUAUCUUCUGCCACCGUCUUCGGUUUGCUUCCUCCUUCGUCAUCUUCCAAUCUACUUCUCCACCUUCAUUCUCUCAACGAUUUAUCACUGGAUGUAUCAAAUCUGAUCUCUAAUCCAUUUCCUAUCUUUUGUUGAGUGUAAGACUGCAUAUCUGUUGUUGUGUGAAUGUGUUCUUCUUUAUCUUCCUCUAGAUCUGGAUCAGUAUUGACAAGAAAGGCAAAGGUGUCAGUUGUGAAUUUGUCUCAUGUCGUGUAAGCCAUCAGAGCGCUAGUCCUCUGUUAAUAUCGUGUAGGUAUAGAUGUGAAUGAUGUGAUGUGUGCUAGAUCUAUUCUGAUUGUUAUAAUGUGAUGAAAAGACGCCUAGAUGUGAUCAAGUUCUUUAAAAGAAACCGGUUGUGUGUCGAGAUGAACUCAUGAUCAGAUA